CGUGGGCGGGGCUGGAAUUCCGGGUGGCGGGAACCAGGAUCGCAGCCAUUUAACCCCCUCUACCUGCCCCCCCCCCCUCAUCCAAUUGGUUAAAUGGAUAACAUGGGACUACAUUGGUUUUCUGUGACAGCACAGAAACGGGAGGAUGGCAUAUGUGUGUGGUGACAUCGUUGACAUAUGCGCAGAGGGUACUGGCAGGCAUGGCGCAGCAGAGUGACAUCAUUGGAUUUCUACAUACUUGCAGACCAGUGUGCAUAUGCAGACGGGUAUCAGCAGCUAUCUUGCAUUGCAAGAGACACAGUGGAGAUACAAUAGAAGGAUUGCACCAUACUACACCAGAGAAUACAGAGGGGAUAGACACCGCAGAUAGAUCCUGACCAUCACCCAAGGAACAACUGCACAACUGUGGGGAGACAUCCAAUCUCUUCACAGCAUUGCUAAACACAGAGAACCAUCACCUGGAAAUGAGUUGGGUCAGGGGUGCUUUGACAUAUCAUCAGAUCUGAAACUGGUCAGUGGUGUGGACCCUUCCAUCACAACCAACCUUUUCGAAGGUUCAGCUGUGGGCGAUUGGUCAGGGUGAGGCUGGGAAGAAGUGUGAGUGGCUCCAAGUGUGGUGAGAGCUUCAAUCAUUCAUCGAGCCUCAUGAACCACUGACUCAUUCCUACAGGUGAGAGGCUGUUCAAGUGUGAGGUGUGUGAGGAGGGAUCCAAAGACUCAUAAGAUCUCCUAACAGAAAAGGUGCGUCUGUUGCACAGCCAAAUGGAAGAGAAACCAUUCAAAUGUGAGGUGUGUGACCAAGACUUCACACAGUCAUCGACACAGGUGAGACACCAAUGUAUCCACACUGGGGAGAAGCUUUUCAAGUGUGAGGUGUGCAAUAAAUCAAUGUCAGACUUAUGGCACCUCCGCACACACCAACGCAUUCACACAGGGGAGAAACCCUUCACGUGCAAGGUUUGUGACAAAUCAUUUUCACAGUUAACAAACCUCCGUGCACAUCAACAAAUUCACACAGGGGAGAAACCAUUCAUGUGUGAGGUGUGUGAGAAAUCCUUUACAAGGAUGUGGAGCUUCCUAGCCCAUCAGACAAUCCACACAGGGGAGAAGCCCUUUAAGUGUGAGCUUUGUGAUAAAGCUUUUGCGACAUCUACGAGGCUCCUGAUACACCAGAAGAUUCACACAGGGGAGAAACCCUUCAGGUGUGAUGUUUGUGAGAAGGCUUUCAUUCACUCCUUUGAUCUCAUGAGGCACCAGCGGAUUCACACAGGGGAGAAACCAUUUAAGUGUGAGGUGUGCGAUCGAGCCUUCACACAGUCAUCAAUGCUUGUGACACAUCGACGCAUCCAUACUGGGGAGAAGCCUUUCAAGUGUGAGGUGUGCAACAAAUCAUUUGCGCAGUCAUCAACCCACCAUGAACACCAACGCAUUCACACAGGUGAGAAACCGUUCAUGUGUGAGGUGUGCGACAAGUCUUUCUCGCGGUCAACACACCUCCGUGCACACCAACGCAUUCACACUGGAGAGAAACCAUUUGUGUGUGAGGUGUGUAACAAAUCAUUUUCGAAGUCAUCAAGCCUCCGCGAGCACCAAUGCAUUCACACAGGGGUGAGACCAUUCAGGUGCGAGCUUUGUGAUAAAGGUUUUGUGAUAUCCUCCGCCCUCCUGAGACACCAGCGGAUUCACACAGGGGAGAAACCCUUCAGGUGUGAGGUGUGCGACCGAGCCUUCACACAGUCAUCGAUGCUGGUGAAACAUCGACAUAUUCACAGUGGGCAGAAGCCGUUCAAGUGUGAAGAGUGUGACAAAUCCUUCUCACAGUCUUCGACCCACCGUGCACACCAGUGCAUUCACACAGGUGCGAAACCAUUCACAUGUGAGGUGUGCGACAAAUCAUUCUCCUUGUCAAAUACCCUUCUCGAACACCAGCGCAAUCAUACAGGGGAAAAACCAUUCACAUGUAAAGUGUGUGACAAAUCAUUCUCGCGGUCAUCAAACCUUCGUGCACACCAGCGAAUUCACACAGGGCAGAAACCAUUCAGGUGUGUGGUGUGCGACAAACUAUUCUCACGGUUAGCAAAUCUCCAUGUACACCAACGCAUUCACACUGGGGAGAAGCCAUUCAGGUGUGAAAUGUGCAACAAAUCAUUUGCACAGUUAUCAAACCUCCUGCGGCAUCAGACAAUUCACUCAAGUGUGAGGUGUGGAACGAGGGCUUUGGACAAUCAUCAGUGAAAUCAUCUCGUUGAAACACCAACAUAUUCAUUCUGUUGAGAAACCAUUCCCACACACAAGGAGCCUCGGCAAGGACCAAUGCGAUCACAUGGAAGUAACCAUUCAUGUGAGAGUUGUGCUGCAAAUUAUGGAACCUCUACACACGACAAAGCAUUCACAGUAGGGAGAAACCAUUCACGUAUACCGUGUGCAACAAAUCAUUCUCGUAGUUAACAAACCUCUGCAGACACUAAUGCCUCCACAUGGGGGGAAACCAUUCAUGUGCGAAAUUUACAACAAAUCUUUCCCGAAACUCCUGCUCCACUAGAGGAUCCACAUGAGAGUAACCCUUAAAGUGUGAGAUUUUUUAAAGUUUUCAUGACAUCUUCCACCCUCUGCAACAUCAGAGGAGUCACACAAGCGAGAAAUUAUUCAGUUGUGAUGUUUGUUACAAGGUUUUCACACAGUCAGCAUGUCUCAUGGCACAUCGAUGUACUCACACAGCGGAGAAACCCUAUUGGAGUGAGCUCUGUAAUAAGCCUUCACACAGUUGUUGGACCUCCUGAAACAUCAGUGAACCCACACAGGAGACAAAUCCUUCCAGUGUGACGUGUGCCAAGAUUGUUUUGCCUACUCCUCUCUCGCCAUACACCAACAUCUCCACACGGACUUGGAGCCGGGUCACCUGCUUCCAUUACACUGAGAGUUGUCUGUGUUGUUUACCCUCCAGUGCUCACACAGGGGAGCUGUUGUUCCACAGCACUGUCUGUCUCAGUAGUGUCUGUCUCAAACCUCCCCCACCAUCAGUCCAAUUGCUUCAAGAAGGCCAAUUUAAUCUUUGACCAGAUCACCAAACAUCACCAAAAGAAGACAUCAAUAUGUAUAGAAGCUCCUGUAUAAACUCAGCAUCCUUUCAGUGCAGCGUCAGGUACAAGUUACUCACUGACUCACUCUGAAUGAGAAGGCAAUCAGCUACUCAGUGGUUAGAAAGGCUUCAGCUUCUGCUCUACCAGCAUAAGCACCAAGGGGAAGAGCCAUUUCUGGGGCAGUAAUGGAGGGACUUCAGUUAGCCUUAGCAUCUCUGAUCUGCGGAUGGGGAGAGUCAGCCAGGAAUCUUGUUCGUCAUCGGUGACCCCAACUGGGAAGUCAUGGGGAGGGCAGGAUGUGUCGCGGCUGUGACAGUCUCCAUUGUCUCACAACAUUCACUGUCUGGGUCUACACAUGCUGAAUGGCCACUCAAACAGAGCACUAGAGGCCAAUCAAUGUCCACAGUCUGUACUCCAGGUCAGUAUCUUGAGGACUGGAGGGAAUGUGAGAAGAUAACAGCUUGUAUUUAUAGAGCACUUUAAUAUAAUCAAACAUCCUAAAGUGUUUCAUAGAGAUGUAAUCAGAGAAAAAUUAACACUGAGACAGAGAAGGGGAUAUUGAGUGGGGAUGACCAAAAAUAUGGUUGAAGAGAUGGGAUUUGAGGAGGAUCCUAAAGGAGGGGAGAGAGAUAAAGAUUCAAAGAGGUUUAAGGAGGGAAUUCUAAAGAUCUCUUAACACCCAAGGUACAUCUGUUACAAGCUCUGUUAACACAAGUGCAGCUACAUGGAAGAGAAAUCCUUCAAGUGUAAGAUUUGUGUUCAAGCUUUUGUGGUGUCUUUGAGUCUCCUGAGACAUCAAAGGAAUCACACAGGGGAGGAACCUUUCAGGAGUGAGGAAUGUGACUGAGUUUUCACAUCUAGUACCACUUCUCAGCAUUCUCCCCAUAGCACAUUCUUCCUUUUCAGAUAAUACAAUUCCCUCUUGAAUUCCUUGAUUGAACCUGCCUCCACCACACUCUCAGACAGUUCAUUCUAGAUCCUAAUUACUCGCUGUGUGAAAAGUCUUUCUUCAUGUCUCUGUUGCUUAUUUUGCCGAUUACCUUAAAUCUGUGCUCUCCGGUUUUCGAUCAUUUCAUCAAUGGGAGCAAUUGUUCUUUAACUACCCUGCUCAAACCCCUCAUGAUUUUGAAUAUUUCGAUCAAAUCUCCUCUCAGCCUUUUCUUCUCCAAGGAGAACAGUCCCAACUUCUCCAAUCUAUCUACAUAACUGAAGUUCCUCAUCCAUGGAACCAUUCUCUUGAAUCUUCUCUGCAUUCUCAUGCCUUCACAUCCUUCCUAAAUUGCAGUGCCCAGAACUAGACACAAUAUUCCAGUUGAGUCUGAACCAAUGUUUUAUACAGGUUUAACAUACUUCCUUCCUUUUGUACUCUGUGCCCCUAUUGAUAAAGACGAGGAUGCUGUAUGCUUUAUUAACCACGGUCUCAACCUGUCCUGCCACCUUUUGUGAUUUUGUACAUGUACACCCAGGUCCCUCUGCUCUUGCACCUCUUUUAGAAUUGUGCCCUUUAUUUUAUAUUGUCUUUCUGAAUUCUUCCUACCAAAAUAAGUUACUUCACAUUUCUCUGCAUUAAAUUUAUCCCCUUUUUGCAACAAGGGUGUAACAUUUGCAAUCCUCUAGUCCUCUGGCACCUCUCCUGAGGCAAGGAAGAGUGGAAAAUUAUAGCCAACAUCUCCACAAAUUCCAACCUCACUUCCCUCAGUAUACUUGGAUGCAUCUCAUAUGGUCCUGGUUCCGAUCAUCUUUCAGUACAGACAGAUUAUCCAAUAAUUCCUUAUCAAUUUUAAAUCCUUCAAGUUUCUGAAUGACCUCCUAUUCCACCAUGACCUGCACAAAAUCUUCUUCCUUGGUAAAGACUGUUGCAAAGUAUUCAUUUCAUACCUCACCCAUACCCCCCUGCUUUCAUGCAUUAAUUCCCUUUUUGGUCCCUAGUUGGCCCCACACCUCCUUUUACCACCCUUUUACUAUUUAUAUGCCUAUAGAAGACUUUUGGAUUCGCUUUUAUGUUAGCUUUCAAAAUUGUCUCAUACUCUCUCUCUGCUUCUCAUUUGCUUUUCCAGUUCCCCAAUAAACUUUCAAUAUUCAGUUUGGUUCUUAGUUGUCCACUUGACAUCUGUCAUAAGCACACUUUUUCUUCUUCACCUUAAUCUCAUCUCUUUUGCCAUCCAGGGAGCUCUGGAUUUCUUUGCCGUAUCUUUCCCUUUUAUGGGAAUAUCCCUUGACUCUGCCUGAUCUCCUCUCAGUUACCGUUUUUCUUGCCAACCUUUGAUUCCAAUUUAUCUUGGUCAGAUCCAUUCUCAUUGCAAUGAAGUUGGCUGUGCCCAAGUUAAUUAUUCUUACUCUGGAGUGUUCCUUACCUUUUUCCAUAGUCAACCUAAACCUUGUGAUACAAUAAGUAUUGUCUCUAAAUGUUCUCCUACUGACACUUGAUCCAUUUGGACCCCUCAUUCGCAAGAACCAGGUCCAGCAAUGCCUUCUUUCCCAUUGGAGUGGAAUCAUACUGCAAUGGAAAAUUCUCCUGAACGCAUACUAGGAACUCUUUCACCUCUCUGCCCUUUACACCACUACUAUCCCGGUCUGCAUUAAGACAAUUAAAGUUCAGAUUAUUAACUUUUUUCCAGUACUGUAGAAUUCUUGCACCUCUCUGUAAUUUCCUUGGAAAUUUGUUCUUCCACAUAUUUCCAACUAGUUUGUGGCCUAUAGACUACUCUGAGCAAUAUAAUUGCAUCUCUUUUGUUCCUUACCUCUUGCCAAAUAGAUUCUGACCUUGACCCCUCUGGGACAUCCUCUCUCUCCUGCUCUACAAUGUUCUCUUUAAUCAUUACUGCCACCCCCCCUGCUUUCUUUCCUUCCCUACCUUUCCUGAACACCUUGUAUCCAAGAAUAUUUAAUACUCAGUCCCACCCUCCUUUGAGGCACAACGUUAUAUUUCCACGUGGCAAUCUGCGCCGGCAACUCACCAAUCUUACUUAAUACGUUCUGUGCAUUCACAUACAUGCACUGUAAUCCUAAUUUAGACUUUACUACUUUCCCUCUUUCUCUGACCUCACCAAAUAUCUUACUAUUUUUUACUCUAGUGCUAACUGUCUCUCCUAAUACUCUCCAGUAUGACCUUCCCACACCCCAGCCAGGUUAGGUUAAACCCUCCCCAACAGUACUAGAAAAUCGCGCUGCAAGGAAAUUGGUCCCUGUUCUGUUUAGGUGUUACCCAUCUGACCUGUACAGUUCCCAUCUUCCCCAGAACUGAUCCCAAUUUCCCAGGGAUCUAAAGUCCUCCAUCUCGCCAGCCUCACAUUCAUCUGCUUUAUCCUCCACUUUCUAUACUCAUUUGCGCCUGGCACUGCCAGAGAGAACUAUCUUUGAGGUUAUCCUUGCUAAUUUCCUACCUAGCUCCCUAAAUUCUGACUGCAGAAUAAAAUCCCUCUUUCUACCUAUGAUGUUGGUACCAUUAUGGACCAUGACCCCAGGCUGUUCACCUUCCCCGCCUCAGAGUGCUUUGCAACCGUUCAGGGUUAUCCUUGAUCCUGCAUCAUGGAGGCAACAUACCUUCCUGGAUUCACGUCUGCAGCUGCAGAAAUGUCUGUCUAUUCCCCUAACGAAUUUUUGAUCACUAUAGCUCUUCCAGUUUUCUUUGUACCCCUGUACAGCUGAACCAGCUGAGGUGCCAUGUAUGUGGCUCUGGCUGCACUCCCCAGAUCAACCAUCAAUUUCAAAAGUAUUCAGGACUGAAUUCAGUAUUCAAGGACCCCUGCACUAUCUGCCUUCCUGUCAUUUCCUUGACAUCUUCCCUGAAAACCCUAGCUCGAAUUUUAAUGCUGUGCCAGUAAAAUGAGCCAGCUCUCUGGAGUAUGGAGUAGAACUGGACCUUGCUUUAGUUUGGUGAUUUUCAAAUGCUUUGUUAUUUUGGAUGAUUCAAAGUUUGGUGUAAGCUGAAUAUUAUGUUGUUGUUUGUCUUUUUAUCAAUUUUCUGUUUAAA